AACACAGCUCCGCGUUGUUUUUUUUUUAUUAUCAUCAAAAUCCUGCAACGGAAUCAUUCAUUCCACUUAUAUUUUUUUCUCUGACAAACCGCUUACCUUGGCCGUAAGACCGCGCGAACGGGUUUUAACUAAAUAAUUAACAAUUGCGAGUUACUCGUGCUGUCAAAGUGACGUUUAAAAACGCGCGAAACACGUCGCGAUUCCGUGUUCAGUUUUCGAAUUUGGAAAAGUUUAUUUCUUUAUAAAAAUGAAGGAGUUGAAUGGAGCCGUUUCUACCAGCCAGUGCGAGGCUAAUGGCAAUGGAGCUUUGAUCGUCGCCAAAAACGGGAAAAAGGCUGACAAUGGCCAUGAAAACUGCACAUUCCACCAUGACCUGGAGCUGGACCACAGACCGCCGACCAGGGAAGCCCUCCUUCCCGACAUGGCUAACUCAUAUAGACUGCUACUGACGGGUUUAGGAGAAGAUCCACAGAGGGAGGGUCUGCUGAAGACUCCGGAGCGCGCGGCCAAGGCGAUGCUGUUUUUCACCAAGGGCUACGACCAGAGUCUUGAAGAGGUGCUGAACAACGCCAUAUUUGACGAAGACACAGACGAGAUGGUGGUGGUGAAGGAUAUAGAGAUGUUCUCCAUGUGCGAGCACCAUCUGGUACCCUUUUACGGGAAGGUAUCCAUUGGGUACCUUCCGCAAGGCAAGAUCUUGGGGCUCAGCAAGUUGGCCAGGAUCGUGGAGAUCUUCUCCCGUCGCCUUCAAGUUCAGGAGCGGUUGACCAAGCAGAUAGCGGUGGCUGUGACCCAGGCAGUAAGGCCCGCUGGAGUCGCCGUGGUCAUUGAAGGAGUGCACAUGUGUAUGGUAAUGCGUGGAGUCCAGAAAAUAAAUAGCAAGACUGUAACGUCGACCAUGCUCGGAGUGUUCCGUGACGACCCGAAGACGAGGGAGGAGUUCCUCAAUUUAGUGCACUCCAAGUGAGCCCGCGAAAUUGUUCCGUUGCGUUUGUAAUGUUUUUUUAAUCUGUGCUCUUUUAUUUUUUUCGGCCAGUGAAUGACCAAUAAAAAAUUCUCUGGACUUUUUGGCGGGAACCUAAACGUCAUGUAGUUUGUGCUGUAAUAUUUUUCCAAAAUUUGUGUUUGAUGAGCUAUUAAUGAUUUAUAAGUGUGGAUUAUUAAUUAUUUAGUGUUUUUGGACAAGCAUGAGUGUUGGAGAGUGUUACAAUAUCGAAUUUGAUGACUUUUGAUGUUGUCCCAAAAAGUCCCGGAAUAGGCCGAAGUAAAGCGCCCACAGCUAUUACUCGAUCAAUACUGAGUAUAAUUUUAGAACUGGAACUAGAACUUGCAAAAAAACUCCUGAAGAAAUUUCAUAGCCAAAACGAAGAAAAGAAAAAAAAAUAUCUUUCGUUCGAGGACAGUUUUUCAAUCAGAUUAAAUUCCGAAUUCCAUUUUAUCUUGUUGUUCGUGAUGAAUCUUACAAAUUAUGUAGACCAGACCAUUAAUGAUUGAACCGAAAUUUGUUUUGGACAUCGAAGUAAAAUAAUUCUAGAUAAAUCUAACUUUAUUAUUGAUGAUUUUUCUAAAACGAAGACACAUCAUUGAGACGGCGAUUCAAAAAUUUUUUUGCAUGAGUAUUAUUUUUAUUAAUAAAAGAAUUUGCUGCGUAUAGACAACAUUUACUUAGUAAAAAAGCUCUCUUAUAAUGUGUUUAUAAUUUUGUUUUUAAAUUAAUUAGUUUAAUUCAUUAUUAUUAUAAAAUUUUUAUUUUAUAUGAUAAUCACCAAGAAAAACAUUGCAAACGCAUAUAUUUAUUAAUUUAAAGCAGCUUUCUCUAAUAUUUUUUAAGUACCCGAAAAGGGAUAUUAUUUAUUCCUGUAAUUCCUGUACAAUUUAAACAUAGUGCCAAAUGAAAAACUCAAAUUUGAAACAGUAUUUUUAUAAAGAACAAACUGCCUUAGUUUUAAAUAAAUUUUCGCAAAGUUUUUAAUUAUUUUAAUCUGCUUUUUCUCAACUUUGACUUAUUUUUCUUAUUUUCAUUUAAAGUUUUAAGUAAAUUUAGCAAAAGUACCUAUUUGUAUAAUUUAAGAAAUUUUUAUAUACCAUGACAAUAAUUUUGUAGUUUAUUUAAUUGAAGAUCUUGGUUAAAAAUAUAUUGCCCAAAAACCACGAUCUUCAAGCAUUUUGAUAAAUGAAAUUAUAUUUACUUAUUGACUUAUACAAAGUUCAGUACAAAGAUUUUAUAUUUUAGAAAAUGUUAAAAACUAUAUUUACAUUCGAUAUUUGUGGACCAAUUAAUUUAUUUUAUUUGAUCUAAUUUUGCAAAAAUCUCAAGUAAUUAAUGGCUGAUUCUUGACAUUUUUGCUCUAAAAUUAUAUUUAUUUAUUCGUUUUAAUUUUUUUUUUAUGAAAACGUAUACAUCUAUAAAGU